AUUAUAAUCUAGCUGCUGUGGACUAUAUUCUAGUUGGUAAUUUACUAAACAUAAUCUUUAGUCUUAUCUGUGGUGCUGGAAACUAGCUUACAUGUACUUCUUUUGUUUUGUAGAUCUCUGUAGAUAGCCAGUUCAGUACAAAUCAUUUGUACUAGUUAUAGAUUUAUUACUUUAAAGAUAAUGAAUUCUUAUAUUGUUGGGAAGAUACUUUACUAAACAUCAUAUAAUUAAAAACAACUUUUAUCUUUCUGAAUACAAAAGAUAAACAUAGAUUCAUUUAAAAGAGUUCAUAGUAUGAAAAUUUUCCAGGACUUACUAAUCAGAUGCAAUUUCCUGACAUAAAUAUUUUAUUUUCAGUUGGCUUUUUGAGCAGAUCUACAGGAAACAUGAAGUGUCAGAGGAAGCCCAAGCUGCCAUCACCCUAUUGCAGAUGGCACAAGAUAAGCAGCAGAAGUCUGUGACCAGUCAUGACCGCAAGGACCGUAUCCUUGAUGCCCUGUUCACAAAAAGGAUAGAAACAAUCACUUUAUUGAAUUUGUUCAGGGGCCUGCUGUCUGUCUUCCAGGGCUAUGUGAAGAAGUUCCAAGCUGAAGUCCCACAGAUCCACAUACUGCAUGAACAGAUGGUGGACAUCACAAAGACCUUCUUGGCUAUGUUCAUUAAACCGGAACAUAUACCUGACAAUGUAUCAGCCUUGGUGAAACUGGACGUUUCAGAUCGAUCUAUCCAAAAGACAGACAGGGAUCUAGCUGUCGGCAUUUAUGCCCAAUCUUUGAUUACCAAAGCGCGAAUGGACAAGGCCCAACGACAUUGGUUAGAGCUUUUAUUCAUGAACUUGCGUACCGGGUAUGUCUCUGCUGCAACUAAAAUUUUACAGCUGCCAAUGAAGAAUAAGACAAUUCGCUGUUUGUCAGCACUGGAUCCAGAGUUGCAUGGACACAGUCAGGUAUCUGCUGCCUUCAGGUACCUCGCCAAUUUACUACCAAAUGUUGUCAGUGGUGAUGAAGAGGGCAGCCUAGCUAUGGAGUUGAAUAACUAUAAUGUUGACAGGCAGGUUAAGGCUAUCUGUGAAGAUUUUGAUGAUGGUAAAAGAGUGGACUUGGGCUUCUGGUCCAAAGUUGCACAUCUGAAAACCUUUGACAAUCAAAGGUAUCCAGUUCUUUCAAAAUUGGUGUUUGCCAUGCUUACAAUAUUUAGUGGACCAUUAGUAGAAGGAACAUUUAAUGUGAUGGGAGAUAUUAUAGAGGAGGAUAGGACAAGAAUGAACAUAGAAAACUAUGAAGCUGUUGCAAUAGUUAAAACAGCCUUGAAGCGUAAAGCAGUUAAGGCUUCAGCCUUGAAAGUAACUCCCUCAAUGAAAAGAUGCUGUAUACAUGCAUACAGUUCUUACAAACAACACAUAAAACUAAAGAAGCAAAUGCAGGAAGAGAGAAAACAGGAGCAACUGAAUGAGUCUAUAUCAAAACUGAAACAAGAAAAGGCUAAGCGUUUUGCAAAACUCCUCAAGUUAAGACAACGUACUCUUCAAAGGAAGUCAGUUGCAAAAAAAAGACCACUGAAAACAAAUGACUCUGCUACAAGUACUUCAAGGCAGUGGAAGCGAAUAAAGUUAGUUGACUGAACACAUAAAAGCCUAGUAAAUGAUUCUGCUACAAGUACUUCUCCAAGGCAGUGGAAGGGAAUAAAAUUAGUUGACUAAACACUUCAAAGCCUAGAAAAUAUGUACUAUUUGUUUCAGUUUUUCAACUCAAGUGCUGAAUCUUUACUACUUGUUAUAUUACAUGCAAAGUAUAUUACUUGCAUAUCAUAUGAUAACAGGCAUGUAUAUAUGUAUAUGAACCCAGUCCUGUAUGAAGUAAGGGGCAACUGUUGCUUUAUGUUAAGGUUAAUUGUAAUGAUCCAUUAGAUGUUGUAUUUGUUAUUAAAUCUGUUUUGACAUGGUAAUAUUUAGAAGUUAACUGUACUUUAUAACUUAAAGCCUAUUUAGAUUUUUGUUACACCCCUGUUAAAAUUUUCAAUACAUCAAAUCUACCAUGUGUUUUUCACAGUCAUUCAUUACAAAUUAAAGAAAUGUGUUACUUGAGUAACAAACUUGUAAAAAUGUAAAUAAAAACCUGUGUAUAGAUGUUCUUGAAAUAUUUUGUUAUUGUUAUAAGUAAUAUAAUCCAAUAUCUUGCUA